UGUUUUUAUAGAGAGAGAGAUUUGUGAAGUUUGAAAGACAACAAAACUCAAAUUCAGUUUUAGUAAACAAUAAUCGGAUGAAAGUUUUAAUAAAACAAUAAUUGGAUGAAACAAUUCUGUAUUAUAAUCUGACAAAGUAGCUGUUUAUUGAACUUAUCAAAACCUCUAAAGAAAAACAACUUGUGCAACAUGAAGUUAUCAUGUUUAGUUACCCACAUUCAGGAAGUAGUUGGGACCAAUACGGACAAUUAUUGGUUUAGUAAAUUAACAGUAUGAAUUCAACCAAAAACAGGAUCCUCAAUGGUCAGUUCGUCCUCUCUCAUCACAGUACCCUAAGUUGACUACUGAUCUGAGUCUUGGCAUAUGGAUGUGUGGGGUCUGUGAGUGUAAUUGGAUGAACUUGGCGGCAGUGGGAAGUGCUGUGACUGUUUAUUCAGUUCAUUUACAAAGGGGAAACCCCCCCCCAUGGAAUGCUAAGUAAGGAAACUGAUGAUGAAAGGUUUAAAUACCGCUACUUUGGGAGAAACAAGAAGCUAGAGAGGCCACGUUUAGAAAUCUAAACAUGAAAGAAAGGUGGAUAAAUGCCAACAAGUAAACAUGAGAGAACAGUAACUACAAAGAGCAUGACAGGGUUGAAGAAUGGGUCAAACAGUGAACAAAAAGAUGACAAUGAACCUCAGAAAAGAGAAUGACAGGAAAAUGAGAAGCAAAUCAAAGAAAGGGGAAGACAAAUUGUCAAAAUAAACUGUAAUCUGCAAAGAAACAAAAAGCGAAAACCAAAAUAAAUUAAUGAAAGAAUAAUACAAAACCACCACAUGAAUAAAAGUCUGAAGAUCCAUGGCAGAAGUCUUUCUUAUGCAAGAACAUCAGACCUUGUUUGAGUCACCAAGUCAACAAAUGCUCCAUUGAAACUGAGGAAGUUGUGCAAGAUGUCACCCUGAAUAUUACACAACAAACUAAUCAUUUUAGUUCAGAAGAUCCUCACACGACUACACAGUGAGAAAAUGUCGUUUUAACGAGAUGGAGUUGCCGCCUCGUCCAACUUUGUUUGACUUCCAUGGAGUCUCCAUGACCAAAUACUUCACUGACAACUGGGAGAAUAUUCAGAGCUUCAAGGCUAGGCCAGAUGAUAUUCUAAUAGCUACUUACCCUAAAGCAGGAACCACAUGGGUUUCCUACAUCCUGGAUCUUCUCUACUUUGGGGAAACAGACUGUCGUUCUUCUGUUCCUCUGCAAGAAAGAGUGCCUUUCCUGGAGAUCAGUGUACCUUCUCGACCUAAAGGUAAAGAUUUGGCAGACCAGCUCCCUACUGCUCCUCGUCUCAUUAAAACCCAUCUACCAGUUCAGUUUGUGCCAAAAUCCUUCUGGGAGCAACGCAGCAGGGUUGUAUAUGUGGCACGUAAUGCAAAAGACAGCGCGGUUUCCUAUUUCCAUUUUGGACGUAUGAACCGUGUUCAGCCAGAACCAGGGGACUGGAGCUGCUUUCUGCAGAGCUUCAUGCAGGGAAAGAUGGUGUUUGGAUCGUGGUAUGAGCAUGUGAAUACCUGGUGGGACCAGAAGCAGACUUAUUCUAAUCUUCACUACAUGUUCUAUGAAGACUUGAUUGAGGACUCUGGACAGGAAAUCAGCAGACUUUGUUGUUUCCUGGGCUUGUCUCCAACAGCUGAGCAAAGGGAACUUGUCCAAACUAAAGUGACGUUUGACAAUAUGAAACAAAACAAAAUAACCAACUUCUCCACUGUCCCAAUGAUGAAUCAAAGUAUAUCUCCUUUCAUGAGGAAAGGAAGAGUAGGAGACUGGAAGAACCAUUUCACCGUCUCCCAGAAUGAACAGUUUGAAGAAGACUAUCAGAACAAAAUGAAGAACUCUGCUCUUGUCUUUCGCAAUGAAAUUUAAGGGCCUUGUCUUAAGCCUCACAUUGUUAGCACAGGAAGAAAAUCCUGUGAAGUUUUCACUUUUUCUUAAUGUACAUGCUUUGUUUUUUUUUUUGCACAUGAUGAGUCUGUUGUUGCACUUUAGAACUGAGUAAAAUGAAUGUGGAAGAGAAUUUAAAUUCUUGCCCCAUUUUGCCUUUGAGCCAAAUAGACAUCCGAUAAACCGGAGACGUUUUCAUACAAUGUCUCAUAGAAUUUAAUGUUACAAAAAUCCCUCAGUCUGACGUGAAUACUCACAUUGCUGCACAUUAAUUUGACAUUUAAGUUUCAACUCUUAGCACAAACGUUACCCAUGAUUCUUAGUCUCUAUUUGUUUUUAUUACUUUAAUAAUAAAAAAUUAACCAUUUUGACAAUAGACUUGCACAUUAACUCUUUAUUUGCUUAUUGUGAAUAUCUGAUUAGCUUUUAGAUUAUGCUUCCUUAUGGGUAAAAUGAGUUGUACCACCGAGAAAUAAAAAGUGUCACACUUAAAAAAAAAAAGUGUGUUCAUAUUUAACACAG